AUGGAAGAGGAUGGGACUGAAUAUCAGCAAGUGAGUGAGGUCGUCGUUGGGAAGGAGCGUACCAAAUUUAUCAUCCACACCAAAGUCUUCCGAGCACGUUCGACGUUCUUCAAGUCUGCGCUUUCAACAUCAUGGAACCUGGAUCAGAACCCGGUGGAGUUCGUGGACGUUGAUCCCGGACAUUUCAGCAAAUACCUGACCGUGGCGUAUGGGGGUACACCCAACCCAAACUUUGAGGAGGACCAACGUUUCCUUGAACUAUCUGACAUCUACAUACUGGCCGACCGACUUGGAGAAUGCACAUGUGCGAAUCUGGUCAUGGAUGCGAUCAUUGAACAUGUCCAGUCGCCUGCACACGAUGUUCCAGAUUGGUCAACGACCAAGUCCAUCCUUACCGAUUUACCAACAGACUCCUGCAUGCAUCGACUCAUGGUUGACGCCUACUGUGCUACCACUUCCACCUGUCAAGAGGUCCGGGACGACGCCCAAGACGAAACAGCAAGCAAGUUCUUGGUCGCCGUAGCCCAGGUCUACCGGACCAGGGAGGCUGAAGUGAGUAACGACGACACCAUCAAACACGCCUUCACUCGUGACAUCCGUCAUCUCGAUCGAGUUCGCUACCACGAACACAACGAAAGUGGUCCAAAAGACGACUGCGUGGGCUGCAAACCACCAAAGGAGGACGGGUAG